AUGUCCUCCCGUUCCGCCUGGCGAGCCUUGCACUACAGUGCCAAGCGCCGUAUCUCUCAGCCCACCACUCCCUACCGUUGCUUUUCCUGCGCUCGCCAGUCCCUUGAGCAGGCUAAACCCGACCAUGAGCGCAUGACACACUUCGGGUUCACCAAUGUGCCCGAAUCAGAGAAGGAGUCGCGAGUCGGCGCCGUGUUCAGCUCCGUCGCCUCCUCGUACGAUAACAUGAAUGACCUGAUGUCUCUGGGCAUCCACCGCCUGUGGAAAGACCACUUUGUGCGCUCCCUGAACCCAGGCACCCCCGUGGCCAACCGCGAUGCCGAUGCCAAAGACAAGGGCUGGAACAUCCUCGACAUCGCCGGCGGGACCGGCGACAUUGCCUUCCGCAUGCUCGACCACGCGACUAACAUCAACCACGACAUGCAAACCAGCGUCACAAUCAGCGACAUCAACGCCGACAUGCUGGCUGAGGGCCGCAAGCGCUCCAUCGAGACGCCCUACUACAACACCUCGCGCCUGUCGUUCGUCGAGGCCAACGCCGAGCAUAUGCCGCAUAUUCCGGACGCCUCGAUCGACCUGUACACCGUGGUCUUUGGCAUUCGUAACUUCACGGACAAGCAGGCAGCCCUGAACGAGGCGUUCCGCGUGCUCAAGCCGGGCGGCGUGUUUGCGUGCAUGGAGUUCAGCAAGGUGGAUAACCCGCUGUUCGAUGCUAUCUAUAAGAGAUGGAAUUUCAGCGCGAUCCCACUUAUCGGCCAGAUUGUUGCGGGUGACCGGGAUAGCUACCAGUAUCUUGUUGAGAGUAUUGAGCGCUUCCCCAGCCAGGAGGAGUUCCGGGGGAUGAUUCAGAAGGCUGGGUUUAUGAUUCCUGGUCGUGGGUAUGAGAACCUGACUGGUGGGAUUGCCGCCAUUCACAAGGGUAUCAAGCCGAUUGUCCAGUCUUGA